CGUCCUGUUUCCCAAGCUCCCCGCGAAUCGCUUUGGACAGUGUUUCCAUUUGAUGCCAUGUUCUUGGUUUUAUCUAGCAAAGUUAUUUUCGUCAUCAAUUAAUUGCGUUUACGGGGGGAAGAUUAGAUUAGAAUUGGUGUAAAUCUGAAACAAGUGUGAACGGAUUUAAUACAUAGUUUGAUAGUUUGAUGAUUUAAAGAUUCUACUGAGAGAAAAUGAGCGGAAGUGGAGAAAGCUCCGGACCCUUGUUCGUCAAUCCCGUAGAGAAGUUUGAAGAAUCUUUCAUGAAAUGUUUAGCAUCUCUUACAAAAGAAGAUACUCUAACGAAUGUGGACAGGGAUGAAAUACGGGCAGAUGUAGAGCAAGGGAUUUCAAACGUGAUAGAAUGUGCUCGAACGGUAGAGUCGUAUUUUCUCAAGAAACGGCAGGAAAUAUCUGCUCAAAAACCGGAACUUCAAAUUAAAGAUGAUUCAAACGAGCUGAGGCUAGAAAUGAUGAGAAAGGACGAAUUGCUCAAAAAGAAUUAUGAGAAAAUUAGCCACUGGCAAAACAUUUUAUCGGAUGUUCAAGCAGCAGGGAAGCAGGUCGGUAGUGGAGGUCCAGCAAAUAAUCCACAGCAACCAAAUAUUCCUCCUGGGAGCCACCCAGGAGGAGGAGCAGUAGGUGGGGGGAUGAGUCAAAGUGGCCCUUUGUCUCAAGGUCCAAUGUCCGUAGGCCCCCAUACACCAAUGUCCAUAUCACAAGGACCUCAUACCCCCAUGUCAAUAUCCCAAGGGCCUCAUACACCCAUGUCAAUAUCCCAAGGGCCUCAUACACCCAUGUCAAUAUCCCAAGGGCCUCAUACACCCAUGUCAAUAUCCCAAGGGCCUCAUACACCCAUGUCAAUAUCCCAAGGGCCUCAUACACCCAUGUCAAUAUCCCAAGGGCCUCAUACACCCAUGUCGCAGGGACCCAUGACACCCACAGGAGGAGGAGGAAGGCCGAAUACGCCGGGGUCAGGUAGGCCCCAAACACCUGGUGGGAUGGGGGCAUCACGGAUGCAAAAUGCGAAUAUUGGUUAUUCGCCAUCUGUACAUCAGCAGUCUAUCGGAUCUCCGCAGUUGGGCCCAGGAGGAGGUCACGGUAUGGGAGGAGGUGGUGGGCCAGGACUCCAAGGUCCUUUAGCUUAUCUUGAAAAAAGUGCGUCAGAUUCUAGGGGAAAAGGAGGGCGACCUAAAGGCAGUGGUCAGGGAAAAAGUCAACAAAUCGCUACAUGUUCUACUUGGGGGCCGUUUCUAAGUCCAACCACUCCUCCUGGUCCUGGUCCUUCAAAGAAUAAAUCUAAGACACCAAAAGUUUCUCAGCCCCGAAAGCCAAGGGCCAAAAAAUCAGAUAAUGUUAACAAUCUGCAACCUGAAAAGAAACAGAGUCGACGACCCAAAAGUGAAGGAGCUCUCAAGGACAAGGUCGCCGUCGAGACGUCAUCAACUCCGAGUGAUGCUGUUGUGAAUGUGACCAUCGUUCCAGACCCACCAAAGCCAAAACGUAAGAGAAAGGCAAAAGGUGCUGUGACAGAUGAAGAAGAUACGAGUAUUGUUAAACCUAAACGAUCCAGAAAAAAGUAAUUACUAGAAAUUGUAAUUGAAUAAAAAAUGCAUUUUCAUGCGACCAAGUAUUUAAUUCAA